AGCGUAGUGGCAGUUGGUGCCGGCAGAAUCGUGGAGAAACGCGAGAGCGGCUGCCGGUUGUCGAAUUGGCUGUAUUUUGGAGUGGGGUCGGUGAGGGAGAAUGAUGUGCGAGGUGAUGCCCACCAUCAGCGAGGACACCCUCACCCAGAGGGGCUCCCAGAACGGCGCCGAGGACGCCAAUUUCGAGCAGCUGAUGGUGAACAUGCUGGACGAACGGGACAAGCUGAUGGAGACCCUGCGGGAGACGCAGGAAACUUUGUCCCUCACUCAGGAGAGGAUGCAAGAGGUGGCCCACGAGAGAGAUCUGCUGCAGCGCCAGUUGAAUUCAGCUUUACCUCAGGAGUUUGCCGCACUAACAAAGGAAUUGAAUGCCUGCAGGGAACAACUUUUGGAGAAAGAGGAGGAGAUCUCUGAACUGAAAGCAGAGAGGAACAAUACCAGACUAUUACUUGAACAUCUGGAGUGCCUUGUGUCGAGACAUGAGAGAUCGCUGCGAAUGACCGUGGUCAAGCGACAAUCACAAUCUCCUUCAGGAGUUUCCAGUGAAGUGGAGGUUUUGAAGGCAUUGAAGUCAUUAUUUGAACAUCAUAAGGCUUUGGAUGAAAAGGUUCGUGAGCGUCUCCGAGUUGCACUGGAGCGGGUAUCAACACUAGAAGAACAACUGUCUUCAGCCAAUCAGGAGGUAGGACUGCAAAUUUCUAACAAGGUUGUGCUUACUGGUGGACUAGUGGAUAUGAACAACAGCACAGAAUCUACUCAGAAGACAACGUGGAAGAGGCUUUCAAAUGGAUCUAUUGAUCCCAACAAUGACGUUAGCCAGGUCGUGGAGAUGCAGGAAUUACUGGAGAAACAGAACUUUGAGGUGACCCAGAUGAAAGAGCGCCUGUCCACGCUAUCAGCGCGAGUGGCAGAGCUGGAGGAAGACCUGGACACUGCCAGGAAAGAUCUGAUCAGAUCAGAGGAGAUGAACAACAAGUACCAGAGAGACAUCAGGGAGGCGAUGGCGCAAAAGGAAGACAUGGAGGAAAGGAUUACAACACUUGAAAGACGUUAUUUAGCUGCACAAAGGGAGUCCACGUCAGUGCAUGACCUUAAUGACAAACUUGAAAAUGAGCUUGCAAAUAAAGAGUCUCUGCAUCGCCAGAGUGAAGAGAAGAAUCGACAAAUCCAGGAACUGUUGGAGCUGGCUGAGCAAAAGCUGCAACAGACGAUGAGGAAGGCUGAGACCUUGCCUGAGGUGGAGGCUGAACUUGCACAGCGAGUGGCUGCAUUGACCAAGGCAGAAGAAAGGCAUGGGAGCAUAGAAGAGCGCUUAAGACAACUGGAGAGCCAACUCGAAGAAAAAAACCAAGAGCUUGGAAGGGCUCGUCAACGAGAAAAGAUGAACGAAGAGCACAACAAACGCCUGUCAGACACAGUGGAUCGACUGCUGUCAGAAUCAAAUGAAAGGCUCCAGCUCCACCUGAAAGAACGAAUGGCUGCUCUUGAAGAGAAAAAUACAUUAAUACAAGAAGUGGAAAGUACAAGAAAACAACUUGAAGAAUAUCAUCAGGACAAGGAGAGACUGGCAAAUGAAAUAGGCAAGUUAAGGUCAGAAGUGGAGCAGCUGAAAUUAAGGACAGGAGCAUUUGCAGAAAGUGUGCAUCCACGACCUCACUUGGGCAGUGCGACAGAUCUGAGGUACCCGCUCAGUUCUGUGGUAGAAACACCGGCUGAACACUAUGGGACACCGACAGUGCUGCGGCGAGCUCAGAAAGGGCGCUUCACACCACUGCGGGAUGAACCUACUAAGAUUCAAACUCUAAAUGAGCAGGACUGGGAGUGUACCCCACAAGCAAACAUUAUGACCAGUGUGACGCACACCUUUGAAAGUGACCCAGAAAUGUCUGAUGUUGAUGAUGAAGAUGGAGAGACAAUGUUCAGUUCAGCAGACCUGCUUUCACCGAGCGGACAUUCAGAUGCUCAGACUCUGGCCCUGAUGCUACAGGAGCAGCUUGAUGCCAUCAACAAAGAAAUCAGGAUGAUUCAAGAGGAGAAGGAGUCAACUGAGCAACGAGCUGAGGAGAUUGAGUGCCGUGUGGGAAGUGGAAGUAUGGAUGGGCUAAAUUUAACCCGCAUUCGAACAGGGACCUCCAUUCCAACUUCCCUCACUGCCCUAUCUCUUGCCAGUUCUUCUCCACCUGUCAGUGGGCGCUCCACACCCAAACUUACUCCGCGCAGCUCUUCCCAUGACCUGGACCGUAAGGGCAUCAUGACACUGCCUAGCGACUUAAGGAAACACCGUCGGAAGUCUUCAGUGACUAGGGAUGACAACCGUGAAGAUAAAACCACAAUCAGAUGUGAAACAUCCCCUCCUGCCUCACCGAGAACCAUGAGGCUGGAAAAGCUGACGCACACACUCCAGUCAACCAGUCAAGAAGAAGGUCGAGGCACAUUGACAGCUGAGGAGCUGGCUAGCAAUCCCAGCAGCAACAACAGCAGCCAAGACUCACUGCACAAAGCUUCAAAGAAAAAGGGCAUCAAAUCGUCAAUUGGCCGUCUGUUUGGGAAGAAAGAGAAGGCGCGUCUGGGCCAGCUCGGAAAGGAAAUGGCUUCAGUCCAUGGUGGCAUAUUGGAUACAGAAAUAGGCAUCCAGGACUCCCUUACACUGGGUAAGCUUGGAACACAAGCAGAGAGGGACCGAAGGCUAAAGAAAAAGCAUGAGCUGCUGGAGGAUGCUCGGAGGAAAGGUAUGCCAUUUGCACAGUGGGAUGGACCAACAGUGGUAUCGUGGCUAGAGCUGUGGGUGGGAAUGCCAGCCUGGUACGUCGCUGCUUGUCGAGCAAACGUGAAGAGUGGUGCUAUUAUGUCUGCCUUGUCUGACACAGAGAUACAGAGGGAGAUUGGAAUCAGCAAUCCCCUUCAUCGAUUGAAGCUCCGACUGGCAAUACAGGAAAUGGUGUCAUUAACAAGUCCAUCAGCACCACCUACAUCAAGAACGUCCUCUGGAAAUGUCUGGGUGACUCAUGAGGAAAUGGAAAACAUGGCGGCUUCAGCAAAAACGGAGAAUGAGGAGGGCAGUUGGGCUCAGACUUUGGCUUAUGGAGAUAUGAACCACGAGUGGAUUGGUAAUGAGUGGCUUCCCAACCUUGGAUUGUCCCAGUAUCGCAGCUACUUCAUGGAGUGCCUGGUGGAUGCUCGAAUGCUUGAUCACCUCACCAAGAAAGACCUGCGAAUGCAUCUGAAAAUGGUUGACAGCUUUCAUCGCACGUGUUUACAUUAUGGUAUCAUGUGUUUGAAGAGAUUGAACUAUGACAGGAAGGAACUAGAGAGGAGGAGAGAAGAAAGCCAACAUGAAAUUAAAGAUGUGUUGGUGUGGACUAACGAUCAAGUCAUUCACUGGGUGCAGUCUAUUGGACUACGGGAGUAUGCCAACAACAUAGUCGAAAGUGGGGUACACGGAGCCUUGGUAGCACUGGAUGAGAAUUUUGAUUACAACAGUCUAGCGUUAUUGUUACAAAUCCCCACACAAAAUACACAAGCAAGACAGGUCUUGGAACGUGAAUUCAACAACCUGUUGGCCUUAGGAACUGAGCGGAAGUUGGAUGAUGGUGAUGACAAAAGUUUUAGGCGGGCGCCAUCGUGGCGAAAGCGUUUUCGACCAAGAGAGAUCCACAGUAUCACCAUGAUGGCAGGGUCUACAGAAACACUACCUGCAGGGUUCAGGGUAACAGCAAUGUCCAGCCCAGCUCCAGCGGUACAGCCGAAGAAAAUUCAACCAGAAGUCCAUUCCCACUACCUGUAUGGACACAUGCUGGCCGCCUUUCGGGAAUAA